AGCUCCAAUCUCCUUGGAUGAAGUAAGGUCUGCCCUAUUUUCCAUGAAGGGUCUUAAGAGUCCUAGGCCUGAUGGCAUUCAACCUAUCUUUUAUCAGAAACAUUGGCAUGUGGUCUCAAGUACUUUACUCUCCUUUGUUAAUAAAGCUCUCACUGACGGUUUCUUUGAACACUCCUUGCUUCAGGCACAUAUGAUUCUCAUUCCUAAAGGAGAGAAUCCUGACAUCAUUCAAAAAUUUAGGCCAAUUUGUCUUCUUAACGUUGCUUAUAAGAUUCUUUCCAAGGUGAUUGUAAAUAGAUUGUGGCCUCACCUCCAAAACCUCAUUGGCCCACUGCAAAAUAGUUUUUUGGCAGGUCGGAGCACAACAGACAACAUAAUUUUAUCUCAAGAGGCAAUCCACUCUAUGCAUCGAAUGAAGGGUAAGAAAGGAGCUAUGGCUUUCAAGAUUGACCUACAUAAGGCCUUUGAUAGUGUGGAUUGGGAUUUUCUUCGUGAAGUCUUGGUUGAUUUCAAUUUUCCAACCCCUUUAAUCAAGCUGAUUAUGUUCUUUGUCACAUCUCUCCAACUUUCUGUCUUGUGGAAUGGAGAGGAGCUUCCAUACUUCCAACCUCAACAUGGAUUAAGACAGGGUGAUCCACUUUCUCCCUAUCUUUUUAUAAUGGUGAUGGAGAAAUUGUCUCAUAUGAUUUUAAGUAGAGUCCAGAAUCGGUUAUGGAAGCCAUUCAAGGCAUCGCAUUCUCAAACUGCUGUAGUUAUGGAUUGUCUUUUAGAAUUCUCCAGCAAGUUUGGUUUAGACAUCAAUCUAGCCAAGUCUAAGUUAUUCAUCUCACCGAAUAUACAGAGUCAUGUUGCAAAUGGUAUGAGCUCAACUUGUGGCAUCCCUUUAACUAGCAAGCUGGGUGUUUACCUUGGGGUACCUAUCAUCCACGAGCGCACCACCUCUGCAACUUACAAGUACAUUCUUGAGAAAUUCAGCUCAAAUUGGCUGGCUGGAAACAAUCUCUACUUAGCUUGGCUGGCAGAAGAAGCACUAAUAGCCAAAUUGGGUUGGCAACUCCUUACAGGACAAAACAGACCUUGGUGUCAAGCCCUCUCCCAAAAAUAUCUACGUAGAGCAACAUUUAUGACUUGUCCUGUAAACUCUUCAUCCUCGGCCACAUGGAGAAGCAUUUUAAAAUGUAGAAAUGUCUUGCGCUUGGGGGCUAGAUGGCGUGUGGGUUCAGGCUCAAGCAUUGAUUUUUGGCAUGACCUUUGGAUUGGUCCUCAAAAGCUUAUUGACACUGUAGUAUCAACUUUACCUCCUGAAUUGACUGUUUUACCAGUUUCACACUUCAUCACGGUUGAUAAGCAAUGGGACCUUAGUCAGCUCGUAGAUUUUCUCCCUACAAAUAUUUUACAUUCUAUUGCUGCAAUUCCACUCCCCACAACAAAUCAGCUUGCUAAUGAGAUGUUCUGGCAUGGCUCCAAAAAUGGUGACUUCACUGUCAGCUCAGCUUUCUCUAUUAUUCAAUCCCAACGCAUAAACCAAGUACAGAGCUCAAUGCAGUGGACGUGGAUUUGGAAACUAAAAUGUUCUGAAAGAAUUAAGCUGUUUGUUUGGCUAUUGAGGAAAGGCAGAGUUCUUACAAAUUCUGUUAGAUUUGACAGACAUAUGGCUCCAUCUCCAAUGUGCCCUCGAUUGCAGUCUCACUCUUCGGGUACCACCUCAACCACUUGGGCAAGUUUAUUUCUAUCGAUGCUUUGGUUUCUAUGGACAAGUAGGAACACACUGAUACUUGAGUGGAAAUGGACGUCUCCCGAUGUUGUGUUUUGGCAAGCUAGAUCACAUGCCUUGGAAACUCACUUUGCCUUAAACUCAGCUAUCUUGGCAUCCCCUCGCACGCCAAGAUGGGUCUGUUGGCAACCUCCUACUGAACCAUUUUUGAAAUUGAACACAAAUGGCUCUCGGAAUCAUCAAUCCGGACAGGCAUGUGCAGGAGGAUUAAUCCGCGAUCAUUUGGGUCGUUGGGUACACGGCUUCACAGUUAACAUUGGUUUUACUUCCAGUUUUCUAGCUGAGCUUUGGGGCUGUCGUGAGGGGUUAAAGCUUGCCCACUCUUUACAACUGCAACAUCUAAUCCUUGAAAUGGACUCAUUAAUGGCCAUCCAACUUAUUCAAACUCGGCAAGUAGAGAAAGGUCCUUUCUCUGUCUUGCUUACUGAUAUUCUUGUGCUUCUUGAUGCUUUCAGCAACUGUAUUGUCCGCCAUACACUUUGUGAAGGGAAUUCUGCUGCUGAUUUUAUGGCCUCCUUGGGUCACAAAUCUCCCUUGGGCACCACUUUUUACCAAAAUCCACCUGUCGGGAUCAAUAUGCUCAUGCAUGGAGACACUAUUGGGACUAUGUUCCUUAGACCUUAGACUUUAAUUUAGUUUCCUAUGUACCAAAAAAAAAAAAAAAACUCUUAUAUUUAAAUAUGUAAGAGUGAAAAAAAAUCUCAAAAAUAUUUUUUUUCCCAAAUCAAGUGAUUUUUUUAAG